UUGACGAUAUUCCUGAAAACUCCAAAAAUAAGUCAAAACUUUUGGAUCCUGAUGAAUAUCUUAAAGACAAUAUGGAAGAAGACCUGAAAGAUUUUUACCAUUUUGUUAGUAAUAUCAAGUUUACCCCUAAAGAAAAGAAUAACAGCAGAAUUAUUCUUGCUAUCAACAAUAUUUUCACCCAAAAUGAUGACUUUAAAGGAGUAUCGGUCUGUUGCGUAAAUUUAACAUGUUCUGUAAUUGUCUAUUUUGCGAUGUCAGACGUGGCUGCUACAGCUAUUCAUGUGACCAUCCCUGAUCUGAAGAUCGAUUCUUUCUGUGACUUCACCCAAUAUAAAACCAAUAUGCAAUUCAAUAAAAGAACUAUUCAUGUUACUGACAUUCUAUUGCAAAUAAAACCCGCCAAUAUCAAACAAAUCUUUGCCAAAUAUGGGACUGUUAUAGAUUUUAGAAUAACACCGAUUUGUCCAAAAUGA